AUGACUCCUCAUCCCUUGACAGCUUUGUCCGAGGACGAGUUCAAGAUAGCACGGGACGUCGUGACGAAGCUUCAUGCCUCGGACUUUUCUCUCUUCUUUCGAGCAAUCUUCUUGCAGGAACCCAAGAAGGCCGAGCUGGUGCCGUUCCUCCAGGCGGAGCAUGCGGGCAGCAUCACAGACGCGACACCCCGGCCCCCGCGCCGCGCGAGACUCCAGUACGAUGUCAUCAAGCCCGGCAAGCUGCCCGAGUACACCCAGUCUGUCGUAGACUUGAAGUCACGCAAGGAAGUCGAGAGGACUGUUGCGGAGCCACACUGCCAGACCGGCUACAUUCCUGAUGAGUUUGGCGCCUUCCAAGACGCCUGCGUAGCGUCCCAGCUCUUCAAAGAUGCCAUGGCCGAGUAUUCGCUCCCCGAGAACUUCACCGUCUGCAUAGACCCUUGGCCAUACGGAGGUCCAGACGAAGGGGAGAACAUCCCGCGCUACAUGCAAGGCCUCGUCUUCGCGCGGGACGCCUCCAAGAACAAUCUUGAUUCGAACCACUACGGCUACCCAAUCCCCAUCAUCCCCGUCAUGGACUUCACCACCAAAGAGAUUGUCCGCGUCGACCGCCUCGCCACGGGCGGCGCAGACGACGGCCUCGAUCCCCACCCGCCCUCAUCCAAACCAAAGCCCCUCUUCACCAACGCCAAGUCCUCCGCCGCCGAAUACGUGCCCGAGCUGCUCGACAUCCCGCUGCGCGCGGACCUGAAACCCAUCAACAUCACCCAGCCUGAGGGCGCCUCCUUCAAGAUUCACGGCGACAACCUCAUCGAGUGGCAAAAAUGGCGGUUCCGCCUCGGCUUCACGCCGCGCGAGGGCGCCGUCCUGCACGACCUCUGCUACGACGGCCGCCCCGUGCUCUACCGCCUGAGCUACAGCGAGUUGACGGUGCCGUACGGCGACCCGCGCCCGCCGUUCCAGCGCAAGCAGGCCUUUGACCUCGGCGACGGCGGCUUCGGGCGCGCCGCCAACAACCUCGAGCUCGGGUGCGACUGCCUCGGCGCGAUCCACUACCUCGACGCCGUGCUCGCGGAUACCGCGGGGAACCCGACGCUGGCCAAGGCGGUGGCGUGCCUCCACGAGCAGGACAACGGCAUCGGGUGGAAGCACACCAACUUCCGGACGAACCGCGCCGUCGUCACCCGGCUGCGCGAGUUCGUCGUGCAGUGCAUCGUCACGCUGGCCAACUACGAGUACGUGUUCGCAUACAAGCUCGACACGGCGGGGGGCAUCACGCUCGAAACGCGCGCGACGGGCAUCAUGAGUGUCGUGGCCAUGGACGAGGGCAAGACCGAGUCCCCGUACGGCGCCGUCGUGGCCCCCGGCGUGCUGGCGCAGAACCACCAGCACAUCUUUGCCGUGCGCAUCGACCCGGCCAUCGACUCGUACGCCGACGGGGACACGCGCGUCGUCGUCGAGGAGAGCGUGCCGGCGCCGAUGGACGCCGCGACGAACCCGUACGGCAACUACUACGAGAUCCGGAAGCGGGUGGUUGACAAGGCGAGCUGGAUCGACGCGGAGCCGCGGCUGAACCGGGUGAUCAAGUUCGAGAACAAGACGAAGAAGAACGCCAUGUCGGGGCGCAACGUUGGCUUCAAGCUCACGCCAUCGGCGUCGCAGCUGCUGCUGGCGGAUGAGGAGAGCCAAGUGUCCAAGCGGGCCAAGUUUGCGAGGCACCACGUCUGGGUCACGGGGUAUAGAGAUGACGAGUUCUGGGCCGCGGGUGAGUUUACGAACCAGAGCACCGAGGAGGUUGGCGGGGUAUGGGAUAUGGUUGCGAGAGGGGAUUGGUUUGGUGACGGCAACGAGACGAGCCGUAACGGCAGCACAGAAGGUGAGGGGAGGAAGUGUAGUCCUGUUGUCUGGAGCGUGUUCGGGUUGACGCAUAACCCGCGCGUUGAGGAUUGGCCUGUGAUGCCCGUCGAGAUUCAUCACAUGAACAUCCGCCCCGCCGACUUCUUCACCGCAAACCCGGCACUGGACAUGCCGGGCAGCAAGAACAAGGCGAGCGUCAUUGUACCAUGCUGCGGGCAGCAGAACGGCGCGGGUGGUACGAAUGGGGACUGGGAGAGUAACCAAGGGGUGCAGAAGGCGGCGUUGACGCAUCUUCAGGGGCCCGGACCGGAUAUUCCUGCUGAGGAGGCGGGGGCACAUGUUGAAAUGAGGAAAUAG